UAAGGGAAGUUGUUGGACGUAAUUUCCUGGGGCCGCCGAAGUGUUUCCGCGCUGUUGUGUGUUGAUAGCAUAGCAUAGCCGUUCUUCCUUGUACUGUCUAUGUUCUCUGCAUCCACCCGUGUGGCUGUGUUGCAGGGAAGCGCAAGGGGCCCCUGGGUUGAAUAGAGCCAUCAUGGCUGCUGUUUACGAAAAAGGUGGCACAUUGCAAGGAAAUAUUGUUGUACUUUCAAAAGAAAACGAAGAGGGUACCUGUAAUGCUGGAGUAUCCAGCAAUCCCAACCAAAUUAAAGCAGAAGACCUAGGUGCAUUCGUAGACUCAAGGCUUAGUGGCCCAGCUACAUCUGAGAACCACGCCGAGAUGGAUGGGAUGAACGCCAUGCCAUCCAUUAUAAUAAAAGAAGAGCGGAUCGAGGAUGAAGAAUAUAUGCAGAUUAACUUAAGUGAUGUUGGUGAAGAGUCGGAGACCGCUGCUGACAACGGGAGUGAGUCCACUCAAGAAGAAAAUGUUGAUGGAGUCGCCCUGACCUCCUAUUUUCCCCUUUCUAUUUCUAGGGGAGUGGCAACUCCGCUGUGUGGAUUGUGGCGAGACCUUCGGGGACAAAGAGAUCUACCUGGAGCACCGUCGAGCGCACACCCACGACGGCCCUAUUGUGUGCCUGGACAGUGACUCUCAGUUCGACGACCUUCUUGUCUCUCAGGAUGGCGGGCGGCGGACUCUGUGCUGUGCUCUUUGCGGGCGCAAAUUUUCAAGUUCACGUGGCUUUUUCAGUCAUCAACUGAAGCAUCGUAAUCAGUCACUGAGGCACGGUCAUGAGAACAGUUUUGGACAACCUGGUGCAAAGCAAAGGUUUUAUGAGUGUCAAGACUGUGGUAAGACAUAUUGUACCAUUGGCCAGUAUCUCAACCAUCAACGCUCCCACAAACAGGCUUCAAAGUCUGUGUUCCAUCAGUUGGCAGACCUCAAAAAGAAGUCAUUUCAGUGCCCCACUUGUGACCGUUCGUACUCUCGUGCUUCAGCUCUAGAUGCCCAUCGCCGCUGCCAUGAGGUGAAACUGAUCAAACCUCGACCGGGUGCCGCAGGAAAGGCACCAGUGGCCCAGGAACCCGCAAAUGAAAAUGAAGGUUCCGACCAAGCUGCAGAGACGGUAGAUGAAAGUCAAAAGGCAACAGAUGAAAGGCAAAAAACACCCACACCAUAUGCUUGUGAAUGUGGUCGAUCUUUUCGCACUUUGUGUGGCCUGAGCACACAUCAACGCUUUAGCUCUGUAUGUAACCCCACUGUUGUUAAAGUGAUCAAGCAGGAAAGUAAGCUGCCUUUCAAGUGCUCACAGUGUGAAAAGCAGUUUGUGAGCCCAGUGGCACUGGCAUGCCAUGAACGUUGGCACAGAAGGCGCGACAUGAUUCGCAGUAGUGGUGUCUCCCUCAAGUGUGAGGUGUGUGGCAAGUCUUUUACCUCACUCACCUUUUUCCACAAGCAUCAAAGAUUGGCUCACAGUGAGGAGGCACCUGCAAAGUCUUUCCUUCAUCAAGUGUGUCAGCUGCAGAAAAAGUCAUUUGAAUGUCAGGAUUGUGGACGGCGCUUCUCCAGAGCCUCAGCUCUCCAGUCUCAUCAGCUUUGCCAUACAGAUGCCUACAGCGACAUUCUAGAAACUCCAGCUCAAACAUCCAACGCAGCCCCUCCAUCACCUCAAAAGCUGUACUUGUCCAACAAAGAGCAAGCGGCAAACUUUGCUAUUGGGGCAAUGGCUUAUUCGCAAGAUAGUGCAGAGAUUACAGCUGAACUCAACAGCAGUGAGACAGAUUACAUGGAAGAGACUGCAGACUUGAAUGUAGAGGUUGUUAGUGUAACUGCAUCAGACGGCUCACUGUUAGGAAGUGAGGACGACCUAGAACAGGACCAGAAUCCUGACCUGGAAUUGGUGUGUGAAUCUGAUGCUGAUGAAAGGGAGGAGUUGCCUCCUCUUAGAACACAGAAUGAUGCACCUACAUCAGCACAGCAUUACAAACCUGAGGUUGAUGUGAAAAUUGUGAAGGUCAACUUUAGUCAUGUUGGUGACCAAAAUAUAAAGGAAAAAGGUUUGUUCAGAAGUGAACCACAACAGAUUGUGAACUUUGAGUGUCCAGAGUGUGGCAGACAGUUUGAAAGUGCCGGUGGCCUGCGUUGUCAUAGGCUAUGGCACAGAGGCGGAAUGGGUAAAAAAGCAUGCGUUAAGAGGAAGAUUUCUGCCACUAGUUCUGUAGUGAAGCGCCACUUUGUCUGUGAUAUCUGCGGCCAUAAAAGUUACUCAAUGCCUGCACAUAAUGCCCACUUGGGGAAACACGAAGAGAGAACCCCUUACAAAUCAAUCUCAUACCAGCUUGCAGAGCUUAAAAAGAACAGCUUUAAAUGUGAUGAAUGUGGAAUGCGCUUUUCCCGACUCUCUGCCCUGCACUCCCAUCAGCAGCAUCAUAACAGUGAAAAGAAACCAUUUGCAUGCCAGAACUGUGACAAGAGCUACUCCAAUGCCAGUGGUCUUUACAACCAUAGAAAGACGUGUUACCCUGGAAAAAUUGUUAAGACCAAGGCAGCACCUGAGGUGAAGAAAGAGCCUUUUAACCCAAAGAAAACUCUUCUCGGCCCAAAGGUUCACCAGUGUAAGCGAUGUGGCAAGAGCUUUUGGUCUUUUGGAGCCUUGUCUCAUCACAAGCAGUACCACCCACAGUGUGCAACUGUGAAAUCUGACACCAGUAACCCUGUUAAUGGCCGUCCCCGUCGUGUUUCAUGUCCUAUUUGUGGGCAUAAGUUUCGGAAAAGAGGUAGUCUGGCAUGGCAUAUGCAGCGACAUAAACAGAAGAAGACGGAGGUACACACCUGUGGAGAAUGUGGCAAGUCUUAUCGCUUACUCACCUGUUUCCUGAAACACCAGCUUGUACAUGGGGACGCCCAAACCAAUCCUCCACCAAUCAAGUCAUUUGAUUUUCAGGUAGAACAAGUGAAAAAGAAUUCAUACAGCUGCACACACUGUGGGAAACUCUUCUCCCGUGCAAUGGCUCUCCAGUUCCACAUGAGAAGUCAUGGGUACGAGACGGGCUUUUCUUUAUCAAAAUCUGAAGUUAGAGAAGAGCUGCAAUGCCCAACCUGUCCUAAUAAAUUUCAAAAUGAGGCAAAAUUAGAAAAACACAAAAAGAAAUGUGGACAAAAUAAAGACAACAAGGCCAAUCAGGUGCCGACCACAGAAAGUGCACAGAAGUCAGAGUCCACUAUGCCCAAAAAUGUACAGAAUUCAUCUGAAUCUGAGACUGUUUCCCAGAUUUCCUCAGAACCAAAAACGGUUGAUCUGAAAUAUAAAUGUGCUGUCUGUGGGAGAAGCUUUGCUGUCGUAGGAGCACUUAAUUUUCAUAAAAGAAUCCAUCUUAAGACUCACACUCACCUGGUCAAAUCAAAGAUUUCCAGACUUAGUCGAGGGGCAAACUUGACCACAGAACAGAAAUCUGGCAAAUAUCCAUUUACUUGCACUGACUGUGGUAGACAUUUUACUAAUAAUUCUGCUUUAGGGACUCACAGGCGAUGGCACACUGAUAAAAAAUUUGCUGGAUUUUUGUCAAAAGAGGAGGAAACUUCAGUUAAAAAGUCUGUUGACAAUGGGCCCUUUCUUUGUAAUCUCUGUGGCAAGGGAUUCUUCUAUUUGUGUGUUCUACGACGGCAUCAAAAACACCACCCCCCACUCGAAGACAAGCCAUUAGAGAAGUCUCCAACAGCAGAUCUGCUCCCUGAGUCAAAUGCUACGCCUUCAGCAAGCUCUUUAUCUUGUCCAGAAUGUGACAUGACCUUUUUUAGUGGCACACAGUUGGCAACGCAUUUUGAGAAUCACCAUGCCAACUCAACAGUGCCCAUUUCUGAAAAAUCAUCAUCCCCCCAAGUCCCUUCCCUUAAAGGUCCAUCCGUUCAAUCUCGCAAGCCAACCAAUGCCAGUCCAUCAAAUACCUCUCAAUCACAAAAGAACAACUUGAAACUGAAAGUUCAUCAGUGUCCCCACUGCCCAAAGAAUUUCCCUAAAAUCAGAGGACUGAGAGCACACAAAUGGCAAGCGCACAGGAAACCAGUUGAGCCCGUUAUACCCGCUGUGCCCCUGAAGCCCUUCCCGUGCCCUGAUUGUGAAAAACGGUACAGUUCUCAGGGAGCCCUUUACAAUCACCGAAAGACGUGCAAGUCCGUGAAGGUUGAGCUCCGCAAAGCGGUGAAGGUUGAACCUCGCAAAGCACUAAAGACUGAACCCCGCAAAGCAGUAAAGGUUGAGCCUCGCAAAGUUGUAAAGAUUGAGCCCCCCAAACCCCUAGUCACAAAAGUGAAAGUGGAAGAAACUCCUGUUCCACGCAGACCUGUAGAGCUGGUUAGUAAGUGCUUCUUCAAGUGCCACAAGUGCGGAAAGGCUUUCCCUAGUGAGGAGCAGCUGAAGGCGCAUAAGGACGUAGCAAAGACACGGCCUUUUUGCUGCGCCCUCUGUUGCCGGGGCUACUGGACAGAGGCCCAGCUGCAGCAGCACCUCUCCUGGCACGAUGAGGUCCGUAAACGACUGCCCACUGAACUAAGAUACAGACUCAGUACCUCAGUCUCGCCUGGGCUCAAGCCCAAACCUCAGUCCCCUCAUCCUAGCCCAGAGAAGAACUCGCCGCCCAAAGUCAAGCCGUACACCGCUAAACCUGUUGCACCUCCUACCCCUCAAAAGGGCCACAAGUGUCAGCACUGUGGCAAGUCUUUCCUGUCUCCCAUGGCCUUGCAGCAGCACCAGGCUCAGCAUACUAAGACUUUCCAAGAUCAGCAUACUAAGACUCUCCAGGAUCAGCAUACUAAGACUUUCCAGGAUCAAUAUACUAAGACUUUCCAGGAUCAGCAUAAUAAGACUUACCAAGAUCAGCCCACUUACCAUUGCACCCUGUGUCCCCUCACCUUCACUGAGAUCCGGGAUCUCAUUGAUCACCACCAGGAAUGCAUGGGUGAAAAAGAACCGAAAGAUUCUGGUUCUGACCCAGCUGCUAGAGGCAGUGACAGCUUGACAUGCAUCGAGUGUGGAAUGUCCUUUGGUCAAGAGACUGAGUUGCAUCAGCACUACAUAGAACAUGCACGUGGAGAAUACUGAUUUGAAGAUAAUAAAAGAAUGUCUUUGGGUUAAAGAAUGAAUGUUUGUAUGAAGACGCUAUGAUUUAUAAGAUCUGAUUAGAUCUUCUGUCCAAAAAGAAGUUCUUUAUUGAGGUGUAGUCUUUGUGUGUAUAAUGUGACUUCAGGUUUUACUAUGAGAAGUCAAUGUUCAUUUCUCAGGCUAAAUUUUUGCGCUGGACAAAAAGUACUUUGAGAUCUAUAUUUCCUGUGUAGUGAUCAGUUCUUUUAUUACAUAUAACACUUUUGUCAAAUAAGUUAUUAUAGGUAAUGGGGUGCUAUAGACUUUUUCCAUAUGGUCAUAACCAUCAAGUGCAACCAUCACUUAAAACUAUUAUUUAGUGGAUGAAGUGGAACUCUGCCCCUAACCCCGACCUUGUUUUGCAUUAAUGUAAAUUUGAUGUGUGUGUGCAUAUAUGCUCUCCCUUUUCUACCCUUUUGUGAUUAGGACUACUAAUUUGAUAUACUUGACUCCCUAUCAGGCUAUUUUUAUUAAUUUUACACCCCUCCCCAUAUUAUUAACACUACACAUGCUCUACUGUUAGUCCAAAACUAGCUGGCUUGUAAUGUUUUUUUGUGUUUGAUAUUAAUGAUGUUCUGUUAUUGUUGAUUUAGAUGAAACAAUGAUUUUUGUUUGUGUUGAUUUCAAAUCAGUCAAAAAAUAUUGAAUAAUUGUAGCGGGUAAAUAAAUCGGUUUUAUUUAAGUUAGUGAGGGUUAGGUUGGUUCUUGUCAUACCUCAUGCAGAUUUUCUGUACACUGGUGCCACCUAGUGGGGUAGUUUUUUUUUUUUUUUAAUCAAACUAUACUCUGUAAAAGCUAGAAUUCAAAGGGAUAUCUUUUGAUGAUACCCAAUGGAGAGGAAUGGCAUCUCCAUUUCUUUGGAUUUGAUGAGAUGGUUUUUCAAACACUUUUUGUUUUUUUUAAUCUUGCUUUCUCAUAGAUUGAGUUACCUAUCUAGUUAGUGAUACGUUUCAGAUUUUCAGCAUUAACUACAAACUAAGCAUAAAAAUAAACUAAAACCCAUACAGGUUUGUUUCAUGAAACUGAUGGCAAGUGAAUUAAAAAAAAAGCAAGGCAAAACAUGUUUGUCCCUGUUGUGGGUUCACGAAGUUGGUUUCUGCUAGUUCAGUGAGAAGGGAAUCUUUGCACUGUGUGUUUCAACAGCACGCCUUGUUUAAAAUUCUCAGUUAUCUGCUAUAUUCCCCUACAAACAUGCUCUAAUUUGAAAUACCCAUGAAUGAGCUUUGACUGUGUAAUGUCAAGGAUUGAAGGAUUGUCCUAUCUAGUGACUAGUUAUGUGGCAUUUAUUGCCCUUAAUGUGCUUUGAUGUUGAUUAGUGAGACAGUGGUCAUAAAUUGUCAUUUGUAAAUAACUUCUAAAAAUCACUUGAAAUAUAUAUGCUUGUCAUUAAUUAUUUCAGUUAUUGAAGCACAAAUUGAGUACAUAUUUAUCUCUUGUUUAUGGUACAUAUCUGUUGAACUAUCCAACAUUGAUACUUUGACUUAAAUGUCAUCAAAUACAAGGCCUUGGAAAAGUCUGAUAUAUACAUCAAAAAGAAAUUGGUUUUUAGGUCUGCUCUGCUAAUCCUUAAACAGUCAACACUUGCUUUUGAAGUUUUAUUAACCCUCAAACCUUGGUAGACUUUCCACUCCAGACCAGAAAUACACACCAUGUAAUCUGAAGUUUAAUGGGUUUAGAGACAAGUUUCAUGCUUAUGAAUCUUAAAUGUAAAAAUGCAUUGGUUUGAGUGAUCUCUACUAGGUUACUACUUUGAACUAUCCUGAUUGUAUGCAAUGCCUAAAUAAAGCACUAUUCAAAGAUAUUUA